AUGCAAAACGUCACACACGUGGAAUUUUUUCCAAAAGAAAUCCUCAACUUUGUUCAGUAAGCAAAUUGCACCUCGUCCGACAAUUCAUAACAAAACAAAGAUAAACGUGCUGUAAGAACAUGAGUCAACUUUGCAAGUAGUUUGCCCGCGAUGUUCGGUUAAUAAGUUCAAAUAUUUAUGGCGAAAUAAUGGCGACAAGACGGGAUGUGCUUAAAAGCUCAAUGGAUCCCCUGCCAAGCUCCAACGACCCUUUGCGAGAUCUCUUCGAGGCAUGCAAAGUAGGUGAUAUAGCUAGGGUGCGAAAACUAAUAUCACCGCAAACGGUAAAUGCAAGAGAUACUGCUGGCAGGAAGUCUACUCCAUUGCAUUUUGCAGCUGGCUAUGGACGAAGGGAUGUUGUAGAGUUUCUUCUUUCCGCGGGAGCUUCUAUUCAAGCCCGGGAUGAUGGGGGCCUGCACCCAUUACACAAUGCGUGUUCCUUUGGACACGCAGAUGUAGUUAGGCUUUUACUUGAGGCAGGGGCUAAUCCUAACACAAGGGAUAACUGGAAUUACACUCCAUUGCAUGAAGCUGCCAUUAAAGGGAAAAUAGAUGUUUGUAUAGCCCUCCUGCAACACGGAGCUGACGUCAAUAUUCGCAACACCGAAGGAAAAACUCCGUUAGAGGUCGCCGACGCCUCUACCCGCAACGUCUUGACCGGCGAAUAUAGGAAGGACGAGCUAUUGGAGGCGGCGCGUUCGGGCGCGGAGGAUCGACUUUUGGCUCUGCUUAACCCUUUAAAUGUCAACUGUCACGCGAGUGACGGUAGACGGUCGACCCCUCUGCAUUUGGCUGCCGGCUACAACAGGGGUAGAGUGGUGCAGUUGUUGCUGCAGCAUGGCGCGGACGUACAUGCUAAAGAUAAAGGUGGUCUUGUACCUCUUCACAACGCCUGUUCUUACGGUCACUUCGAGGUGACCGAAAUGCUGAUCAAACACGGUGCGAAUGUAAACGCCAACGAUUUAUGGGCGUUUACGCCGCUUCACGAAGCCGCUUCAAAAUCCAGGGUAGAAGUGUGUUCACUAUUGCUCAGCGAGGGGGCCGACCCUUAUCAACUCAACUGCCAUUCCAAGUCUUCCAUAGAUGUCGCCCCCACCAGGGAGCUCCAGGAACGCUUAGCCUACGAAUAUAAGGGUCAUCUUUUGCUGGAAGGGGCCAGGCAAGCCGACAAUGCUAAAAUAAAAAAAUACCUCACUCCGGAUGUGGUCAACUUCAAGCAUCCUUAUACCGGCGACACCGUGAUGCAUUGCGCUGUCAGUUCGAUGUACCCCAAACGGAAGCAAGUGGUAGAGGGACUUAUCCGGAAAGGGGCGCAUAUCAAUGAGAAAAACAAGGAAUUUCUUACGCCCCUACAUAUAGCCGCCGAUAAUUCGCAUUACGACAUUAUGGAUAUUCUUUUGAGAAGUGGCGGGAAGGUAAAUGCGUUGGACGGGUUGGGACAAACGGCGCUGCACCGGUGCGCCAGGGAGGACAACGUGCAGGCCUGCAGGAUCCUGCUGUCCUACAACAUCGACGUUUCUAUCGUGUCUUUACAGGGUUACACCGCGACCCAAGUAGCUUCCGAGAACGUCCUUAAGAUACUACAAGAUCCGCCCACGGGCAGUGCUGACGUAGAGUGUCAGCUUUUGGAAGCUGCGAAGGCCGGCGACUUGGACCAGGUUCAGAGGUAUCUAGGUUCAUAUCCGCACAUAGUGAACUGCAGGGACCUCGACGGCCGUCAUUCGACGCCCUUGCAUUUCGCUUCGGGAUACAACAGGGUCGCGGUCGUGGAGUUUUUGCUGCAGCAGGGAGCGGACGUGCACGCGAAAGAUAAAGGAGGGCUGGUUCCUUUGCAUAAUGCUUGUUCGUAUGGCCAUUAUGAGGUAACGGAACUGUUAGUGAAACACGGGGCGAGUGUGAACGUCGCAGAUUUGUGGAAAUUCACGCCGUUGCACGAAGCCGCCGCUAAAGGGAAAUACGAAAUUGUGAAGCUUUUACUCAAGCAUGGAGCGGACCCUAGUAAAAAGAACAGGGACGGAGCUACUCCGCUCGAUUUGGUAAGGGAAGGCGAUCAAGAUGUUGCGGACUUGUUGAGAGGCAAUGCUGCUCUUCUCGACGCUGCCAAAAAGGGCAACCUGGCCCGCGUACAACGACUCGUAACCCCCGAAAAUAUUAAUUGUAGGGACGCGCAAGGACGCAACUCGACGCCUCUACAUUUGGCAGCCGGGUACAACAACGUAGAAGUGGCCGAGUUUCUGCUUGAAAACGGAGCGGACGUGAACGCUCAAGACAAGGGUGGUUUGAUACCCCUCCACAACGCUUCUAGCUACGGCCACUUGGACAUAGCCGCCCUCCUAAUCAAGUACAAUACCGUUGUCAAUGCAACCGACAAAUGGGGUUUUACUCCUUUACACGAGGCCGCGCAAAAGGGGCGUACCCAGCUGUGCGCGUUGCUUCUCGCCCACGGUGCUGAUCCGUUCCUCAAAAACCAAGAGGGUCAAGCGCCCGUGGAUCUCGCCUCCGCCGACGACGUCCGGUGCCUGUUGCAGGACGCGAUGGCCUCCCAACAGAUUGUCCCCAGCACCCCAGUCCCACCGUCCAGACCUCCUUCGAUCGCCCUAUCCCACAGCCCCGCCCCUUCAUUGAUCGCGCCGUCAGUAAACGCAGAGACUGUGAUCAUGCCUUCCGGCGUCUCCGUUCAGCUACUUAUACCGGUCGGAAGCAGGAACAGCGUGUCUAUGAGCGUUGCGGAAGGUUGCUGCGGUUCGUCGGUUAAGUUAGACAGUAGCGAGCAAAGCACGAGUCAGAUCAGUUCUGUCGCGAAGUUCUUGGCCUCCCUUAACCUCGAGCACCUGCUCGACAUUUUCGAGAGGGAACAGAUCACGCUGGAUAUUUUGGCGGAAAUGGGACACGACGAUCUCAAGCAGAUCGGGAUAUCAGCGUACGGCUUCAGGCACAAGCUAAUUAAAGGAAUGGAGAGGUUGGUCGCCAGUUGCGGUGGGUUGUGGUCGACGCCAACAAAUCCGGGCACCCUGCUGGUGGAUCUCUUAGCCGACGAUAAAGAGUUCAUUACGGUAGAGGAAGAAAUGCAAAACAGUAUUAGGGAGCACCGCGAUAACGGACACGCGGGAGGUGUAUUCUCCAGAUAUAAUAUUGUGCGGAUACAAAAAGUCCAAAACCGGAAGCUUUGGGAGCGCUACACUCACAGGCGUCAAGAAGUGGCGGAAGAAAGUAACAGCCAGUCGAACGAGAGGAUGCUGUUCCACGGUUCGCCGUUUAUCAACGCGAUCGUGCAGAAGGGCUUCGACGAGCGACACGCCUACAUUGGAGGAAUGUUCGGCGCGGGUAUAUAUUUCGCCGAACAUUCGUCCAAGAGCAACCAGUACGUUUACGGGAUUGGCGGCGGUACCGGGUGUCCCACCCACAAGGACAGGAGUUGUUACACCUGUCACAGGCAUUUGCUACUGUGUCGGGUAACUUUGGGGAAAUCAUUUCUCCAGUUUAGCGCGAUGAAAAUGGCGCACGCGCCGCCCGGCCAUCACUCGGUCGCUGGACGGCCCUCCGCGGGUGGUUUAAACUUCCCCGAGUACGUGGUGUACAGGGGGGAACAGGCCUACCCCGAGUACUUCGUGACUUACCAAAUUGUCAAACCUGAAGACUGUGCCAGCGGGGCAGACGCUGACGUUAGGUGAUUUCAGGAACAAUGGUUAAUGCUUCAACCUCAACGUUCUUACAAAGAUCUCUUCUGCAGUCUGAUGUGUAAUGUUAUGCAAUGCCUCGUUCCUGUUAAGAAAAAGUGCAGUUGCGAGGGACAGAAAAACUGAUAAUAAAUUUUUUCAUUGGUGCUUGAGGAAAGCAUUGGCAAAAAAAAUUGUGUUCAUUACUUCAUACGGAUAAGAUUGUACAACCCCGAUCCAAUCAAAUACUGUAUUCUAUACGUGUAUCUUGUAAGGUUAAGUUUUUGUAUGGCUGGAUUUUACAUUUCCAUAAUUGUUGCACGUCGUUAUUUAUCAACUUGCCACUACCCAUAGUUCGGAUACUUUAAAUUCGACUCAUCAUAUCAUACAUGUUUUUAAUUUUGCAUUUUCAAUUGAAACAUUAAAUUCAAUGUUUUUCGUUGUCCCCAAUCCAGUUCGUUUGAUGUACAUAUAAAUGUAGUGGUAAACAAUGAUCGUUCUCGCUAUCUGAGAAACGAAAAGCAACAAAUUCCAAGCUAAAAUCGAGAUUCCUAGUGCCCACGUCUACAUAAAAAUGACUGUUGUGUUGGUUAAGCUAUAAUGUGAUAUUUGUCUCGUAUUUUUAAGUUUUUUUUUUGUAUUCUCGAGGUGUGGUGUAUUCUCCUGUAUUGUUACAUGGUUGACUUGAAAUAAACA